GGAAUAACCACCGAUUCUCCAGAGCAAUUACCAAUUUCCUCAUCAGCCAAAAAUGAGACGGUAAGUGUUUUUACCAAAACGAAAAAUUCGAAUGAUACUUAUGAACGGAUAGACUUACGAUGCGAUAAUACUCCUCCAUCUGAUAUUACUAAUAACGUUUCAAAUUCUGAUGUAUCUGAUAACGCUUUUUCAGAAUUAUCUGAAAAUAUAUGCCAGGAGACAAAUCCGACAAAUCCUCAAUGCACGAUAUCACCCAUAUGCGCAAAGUCUAAAUCUUCUGAAGAUAAAAAGAUCGAAUUUCUGGAACGAGUGCAUAAAGAACAGAUUAGGAACGAAAUAAAGGAAAGGAAUCGCGAAAAGAAGCUUAGAUCCCAAGACCCUUUGUCAUCUGAUAAAGUUAUAGAAGGCAAUUCAGACAUAGAGUGUCCUGCUUCGCAGACUAUUAUUCAAAUAAAAAUGCCCCGUAAUCAGAAAAUAGAACAAGAUAUAAUUCAAGAAGUAAUCCUGUUUAUUAAAAAAUCUCUUACCUUAUCGAGUGAUGAAAAAGCAUACUCACAAAAUGAACCUAAUAUUUCUGAAACCCACGAUAGUAAUAUAGAAAUAAACAAUGAUGGACGAGAGUUGGCCCAAUUAUUUUCUGAUGCUGAAUUUGCAGAAGGCAAAACGAUAAAGGCUAAGCAAAAAGAGAAAAGCCUAUCAAACCAGCAAGAAAUUAAAGGGAUCGGAAUCGACAAAGUUUACGGAACUUCAUAUGGUGUAAGAAGUAUAUCAGAAUUAACUGAUGCUCAAAUUUUAAAUAUUAUAAAACAAGUUACGGAAAAAACACGUGACAUCCUGGCCGUUGGUCAGGAACUUCACGACGAAAUUUUACCAAAGGCAAACUCAUCUAUUUCUGUAGAUUCAAAAAAAUUACCAGGUAUAACUCUAGAAGAAUCAUUAGAAACCAAGGUAAGUAUACCAAAACAGAAUGAUCCGAUUCGUGACUGUGCUUAUUUUCAUAAUAAGAUAUUGUGGAGUUAUUCUGAUCUAUAUAAAGAAUUUAGUAGUAAAAAAUUUGAUUAUUAUGGAAUUCAUGAGGGGUCAUUAUGUCCGGCAUGCAAGUUGAGUCAUAAGGAUGAGAAGAGUAUAAGAGGUAGAUAUGAAGCUGGAUCUUAUUUUAUUAAAUGUGGACAGCAUGAAAUUGAGAUAACUGC